AUGGCGCGCAGUAAACAGACGGCUAGAAGAACCCUUGGGGGAAAACCUCCAAGACGUAUCGUGCCGCAGUUCUUUCGCUUUGAUGAUCAUACUGGACGACCGUACACCACCGUGACCAAUAACAGCCUGCCCAACAAGGCAAUUUGCAAAUUGAGCCUCCAUCUUUACUGUUUGCAAGACCUAGAUUGCAGCCCAGAUGCCAUGGGAAAGUGCUUUUUGUCCAGCAGGGAUAUAUGUAACGCCGGGAAUAUGCGUAAUUACUGGCCUCGCGUAGAUGUUUACUCGCCGCUUUCCAGCAUUGAAGAAUGUAUGCAACAUCAUCUACGUGAGAAGGCCUUUCGUCGGAAGGCUGUCGAAGAUUUACAUAAGAGUGCUGCUUCUACCGCUGCUGCAGAAGCAGCAGCAGCUGGUGGCGAUGAAGUUGACGUGGCCGAAGCUGCAGAAGAAGCAGUGCUAAAACUACGAGGAAAGGAACCUCUACCACAUAUUGUGCCAGCUUGGUGUUGUUCACCUGCAUUCUGGAAAAGCACGUGGUAUUCCUCUGCAAACGAAAUGAGAUAUCGGAGUUUCAUACUUGUGGUCCCAGAGGGCUGCAAAUCAUGGGACGACGUCGUGCAACAGGGACUCUACUUUGUAUACUUCGAUCAGCAGGUGACUCCCGAAAUGGAGACAGACAUGUGGGACGAGCCAGAAGAUGAAGGGGACAGUAUGCUUGGAGAGGAUCGUCAAGACUAUGACCCAGUCAAUUCUAAGAAUAAUAAUUUUGAUGGGACACUCCAGAACAUGUGGUAUGAAUUGUUCCGGUCCUUGAAUGAUUGUACGUACCGUCGUCCUUGCUGCGACGGAUGUGACAAUGACGAGGAAGUUCAUGAAUGCGAACUUGAAUUAAAUGAACAUUACUUUGAUGAAGAUGGGCAGUGUAUAGCCUGUAGACGCUUUCUAGAGCAUCGACGUCGAAGCAAAAGGUUGUCUAAGAAACGCAGAGCUGAAGAGAGUGAAGAUUUAACAAGGAGAAAUUAA